CCUGUCAUGGUCCUAGUGUUCUAUUGUACAUGGAGAAACCUAGAUCUAAUAUACCUGGCAUAGAAACAUGGGAAUAAAAUCAGAUAUAAGGUAUAUGGAGAAAAGCAUGGAAUUGGAUCCGAAUUGGGUUGAAGAGGAUUGGAGAAGGAUUAUGGAUUUAGAUUUCAUGAUUGGGAGAGUGGUUCAUGAUGAGUUUGAGAUAAAUAAGGAUGAAAAAGAUACUGCCACGGAGGAUAUGGAUAAAACCUUUGAAUCUAAGGAGAAGGUUUGGGAAGAUAAGGACGGAGAAGUUGGGAUAGAGAAGGGUGGAGAGGUUGGGGGAACGGAACGGAUUAGAGAGAUUGGGAGAACGGAGAGGAUUGGAGAGUUUGGGAGAACGGAACGGAUUGGAGAGGUUGGGAGAACGGAGAGGAUUGGAGAGGUUGGGAGAGUGAUCAAGUUGGCCGGCAGCUCCUGUCCUCCUGCUUGUGUGGGUAAACUUAGAGAACUAUUACUCCAGUAUGUGUGUAGUAGUGGAGAGGAAUACAACCCUAGAGGAUCAAUUUACCAACCCGUCCUUGCCCUCAUAGAGGCUAGAAACCAACCCGUCCUUGCUCCGAGAAAAGCUAAAAUCCAACAUAUUCUUGCUCAUACAGAACCCACCAAUCAACCUAUACUAGAACCUUCUCCUAUAACCCAACCUUCUGAAAAACAAUGUUCCGUAGUCUCUAGGUUAUCCUCUAGUCCUUCUCCUACUCCUCCUGUGAGAAGAUCCUCUAGUUCUCUAGGAUACAGACUACGAUCUCGUCUCUUCAAGUCUAUGGCUCCUGUAGAUGAAAACAAUGUUAUAUCCUCCUACACUAAGAACCCUGCAACUGCUAAAACUCGUAUUUCUGACUUGGUAAACAACAACGCUGUCAACCAACACUGCCAAUACACUGCCAACAAAAUGGCGAAUGUUCAUGUACAGAACAGGUCGUCUUCCCUUGGUCCGUACUUCCCUCGUCAUGGUUUAUGUACAGACAACGGCAUCUAUGAAUGUAACUAUGAAAGUAUAGAUGGAUACUCCAGUAGUAAAAGUGAUGAGUCUAACAGUGCUAUUCUUCAAUUAGAGAACGCUGUCAAAAGUCUAGAUAAAGUUUUAGAAAAAGAUACUAAACGGUUUAAAUAUGAAAACGAUUUUAAUCAUAAAGUACAAUACGACUCCAUAACAGUGCUCCCUACAACUAGUUUAAGGGAGCUUCCUAUCACUCCCUCCCACAGUAGUAGGGAGCUACCCCCAACACCCCUCCCUAGAACUAAAAGCUUCAGGGAUAGAGGUGUAGAGCAGGGGCAGUCCAAGCUGAAUCCUGGAGAUGGGCGGGCUUGUUCUGCUCCUCCCAUAUCUCCAUUCUUUUAUAGAAGAUUUAUUCAAACAACCAGGUCUGAGGAUGCGUCUGACAGCUUCUUAACAGACAGUCCAUCCCUCUCAAGUUUCCGUCCCGCCCUCAGGAUGGCAUCACAAGGAGGCGGGUCUACAGCGUCUCAAGGCCCCCCUCCUACCAGGGGAGAGUGGUCUUCUCCACCUCCCUCUAGAGUAGAAUGGUCACCUGUUCCUCCACGAGCUGAAUGGUCAGCGCCACCUACACCACGUGGGUUGCGCGCAGAGUUAAAUAAUGCCGCGGAGCGUGUUCCAGCGCACAGACCGCAACAUCUUCCCACAGAUAGAGACAAAUCUACACUUAAGGUGUUUCUUCCCUCUGGAUGCUUCAAUGUUGUCAAGUUUGGAGAUGCCACAGAUAUUAAGGGAAUAAUAGUUUUGUUGACGAGUAGACUGGGUGGAGGACAGAUAGAAUAUUCUCAUCUUUACUCUAUACGGAUGCUUAACAAUAUAACAGGAGACACAGUUUAUUUACACCAGGACACCACAAUGUACCAGGUUCAGGAGAAGUAUAGUGGGAGUGGGAAUGAGUGGAGAUAUGAACUCCGUGUCCGAUAUAUUCCCUCUGAUCUUGCACUGCUCUAUACCAAGGAUAAAAUUACAUUCUACAAUUAUUAUGAUCAGGUUCGGAACGACUACCUCAGCAAGAACUUUGAAUCCCUGGACCUAGAUCUCGCAAUCCAACUCUGCUGUAUCGAAAUCAGACGAUUCUUCCGGGAUAUGCCGCACAUAGCUCUGGAUAAGAAGUCCAACUUUGAAUACCUAGAACGCGAGGUCGGCCUCCACAAGUUCCUCCCGAAGAACGUGAUCAACAAUAACAAAUCCAAAAAUCUACGAAAACUUAUCCAGACACAUUUUAAAAAGUUUGCCGUUAUGGAGGAGCUGGAUUGUAUUUUUAAAUUUUUUGAAAUUCUCAAAUCUGUGUACAGGUUCGAUCAAGAAAGAUACAGAUGUGCUUUAGGGUCUGGUUGGUCAAUUCCUGUCGAGCUUGUUAUUGGUCCACACCAGGGAAUCAGUUACGUCACAGACAGUGCAGUACAGCCGACACAUAUGGCAGAUUUCUCACACAUACAGUCAGUUCAAACAGUAGUUGGAGAGGGAGGGAAGGUUCUUCUUCAGCUCAGGGUUGCAGGCAGUCAGGAGCUUCUUCAGGUGACCUGUCCUAGCCUAGCUGUUGCUGAAAGUAUGGCUGACCUAGUAGAUGGCUACUGUAGGCUGGUUAACUCAUCACAGACCUCUAUAUGGAAUAGGAAAGCUUUCCAACAGAAAAAUUGGGCAAUUCAAGAUGGGCAACCCCCCCGGACGAGUAGCAGAUCUCGGAGUGGACGAACCCCCGGACUAGUCCCUGGACUAGCGGAGGACUAUGCUGAGAUAGUUGACGAGGAAGGGGACUACUCAUCUCCUGCCAAGGACUACGAACUGGAGAGGAGUAGAAUAGAACUCAGUGAAAUUAUUGGAGAAGGGCAGUUUGGGGAUGUUUACAGAGGAGUUUAUAAACCAAAUAAUUCUUCAGAGCAACAUAGUAUAGCCGUCAAAACUUGCAAGGUUGAGACUGAUGCAAGUAUGGCGGAGAAGUUUCUGGAAGAAGCGCUUAUCAUGCAACAGUUUGAUCAUCAGCAUAUCAUUAAACUAGUCGGGAUCUGUUCAUCCAAUCCUAUAUAUAUUAUCAUGGAGCUAGCUAAACACGGAGAACUCAGAGCCUACCUUCAAUCCAACUCAACUCGUUUAAAUCUCUCAACCCUGAUUCUCUUCUCCUACCAACUCUCCACCGCCCUUUCAUACCUAGAGUCCAAGAACUUUGUUCACAGAGAUAUUGCUGCGCGUAACGUGCUUGUAAGCGCGCAGGAUUGUGUUAAGCUCGCGGAUUUCGGACUUUCCAGGCUCAUAGAGUCGGAUACUUAUUACAAGGCUAGUAAAGGGAAGUUACCAAUUAAAUGGAUGGCUCCAGAAAGUAUCAAUUUUAGAAGAUUUACAACUGCCAGUGAUGUCUGGAUGUUUGGAGUAUGUACCUGGGAGAUUUUAAUGCUCGGCGUGAAACCGUUCCACGGCGUUAAGAACAGCGAAGUAAUCGGUAAACUAGAAAACGGGGAACGGUUAGCGCUUCCCGCCUGCUGUCCCCCCCGUCUGUACAGCUUGAUGUCGGCGUGCUGGGCGUAUGAGCCAAGUAAGAGACCGACCUUCCAGCAGGUGAAGGUGAUGUUGCAGGAGAUCAGGGAGGAGGAGGAGAACAUCAUUCAUGGCAGGAAACCUUCAUGGGGAAAAUCUGAUGAGGAUGGAGCUAGAUCAAGAUCAAUCCAACCUCAGGGAACCCAGGUAAACGAGGUGACCUCCUCUAACCCUGCCUCCGAGGGUGUAACCUCCUACCUUGUAGCCUCUAGUCCCGAGGUCCUAUCCCAGAUACUCCGUGAGAAUGAAUGCCGCGGAGUAGAGUUUAAUCCUGGUCUAUAUAUGACCCCGGCAAAUGCGCUAAAUAUUACCAAAGUAGAUUUUGCUCCGGCGGGACACCCUCCACCCUCCCCUUCAACAAGGGUUAGGGGUCCCAGGUCCCUACCAGGGUCCACCCAGUCCACCCUUUCCCGAGGAGGGUCCCUGGAGAAGGGACGAGGGAUGCGCCGGAAGACCUCGCUUGCUGCCUCUAUGACCUCCGGAGGGGUUCAGUCCCGUGAGGGUAGCGAUGAAGAAGCGGAUCGUAGACUAGCGGAGUUGGAUCGAACCCGUAAUAUGGACCUGGAGCGGAGCAGGAGCUUAGAGUUGGAGCGAUCACGUAGUUUGGAGCAGCAGCGUUGUCAGGAGCAGGAGCAGCGUCUUCUUGAAGCUAAACUACGCCAGCAGCAGCUCCAGAGCGAAGAGGAGAAUAAGUGGUUGCAUCAAGAGGAAAAUAAUUUGAAGAAGAGGUUGUCCAUCACCCAGUCCUUCGGAUCCGAGAACUCUGACUCUAGUGAUGGAUUACUAGUUGGACACUCAGAUACGUCCUCUAGGACACAGCAGGACAGAGAUAGGUCCUCUACACCCCUGUCCUCAGGAUCAGAGGACAAACAGUUUAUUGUAAAGAAGCUUGAGCCGACCCCAACAGCUCCUCUGGACCGAACCAAUGACCGUGUAUAUGAUUCUACAACAAGUGUCGUUAGAGCAGUCAUGGGGCUUAGUCAAGGAGUUCAAGCUCAUCAAGCAAACCUUUAUUUAGACCUAGUCAAGAAGGUUGGGUUGGAACUACGUGAGCUGCUAGCUGCAGUAGACCGACUCAUACCUCUAUUCCCCGGGGUGACCCACCGGCAGGUGGAGAUGGCGCACAAGGUGCUGAGCAAGGAUAUGAGUGAUCUCGUUAAUAGUAUGAAGCUAGCACAGAAGUAUAACAACACAACCGUAGAGGCAGAUUAUAGGAAGGGAAUGUUAUCUUCUGCACAUAUCCUUGCAAUGGACGCUAAGAACCUUCUGGACGUGAUCGACACUAUCCGACAAAACUAUCCUAAAGUUGAUCAGCUGAUAGUUCGAGGACGAUCCACUCAACCUUCAGAAAGUCCUCGGAGAUCCCACUCAACCUCCAGUGGGUCUCCGUCAGUUUCUAAUUCAUCCUCUGCAGCCUCUAGUUUAGAGAAACAAAGGGAUAGUAUGUCACCCUUGUCCUCGUUACGAGGCAGUCCCGCCCUUUCUCCCAUACAUAGACACAAUAAUAUGAACAGUGUAAGCUAAUUAUACAUAAAACUCGUGUACAACUCCACUUACAAGUACAGGAUCUACAUUUUUACAUUGUACAGCUCAUUCAUAUACAAUGUACAGCAGUACCAUCAAGGUACUUCGUCAAAAGCUCUGAUUGAAAGGUUGCUGCAAAUAAGAAAAGCGGAGAAAAUCAACGAAAUAAACUGAUUAUUCAACUUAUUAACCAAAUCAAAAUUAGCAGGUUAAAACAAUCAGAAAUCAGCUAGAAUUUGGCUGAUUAAUCAACAAGAGAUCAGCUGAUUCUUCAAACUAAAAUCAGCUGUUGUUGAACCAACCAGAAGUUUGCUGAUAAAUAACCAAAAGAGAAUAUUCGAAUCUCCCGAAGUAAAACAACAUAGGGGGAUUUUCUUGAAAUCAAAAAUAAUCAAAAUUUAUCUUGCCGCAUUAUGAAGAAGAUGAAAACUUAUAAACUGAAAGGAUAUAUCAGUGAUAUCAGAAAAUAAAUCCUCAAUUGCGCAUGCGCGCGCGCCAUUUUCUAGACAGAGAAAAUUGCUUGAUAAAAAGUGCUCCUUGAACUGUGCACUAGAUAAUUUAAAUACUAAUUCAUUCAAAUAUAAAUAUUCAUGCUCACAUUAUAUUUAAGAAAUUAAACGUUUAGACUGAUAUGUUUGAAAACUAACUUUAUUUAAGGCCUUGAUGUUUGAACAUUCUGAUUUACACAUGAGAAUACACCCAGUAAGGACAAGUUUAACCCUCUUUUAACACCCUGUCGGAUCCCCGGAAGGCAGGUGGAUUAGUUUUAAAAUGGUGUCUCUCCCUAACUAUGUACAUACCUUGGCAGAUCCCAAGUAGCUGUGAUUAUAUUUGUAAUUGAGAUUAUGUACAAUGUACAUGUUCCGAUCAUAUAUUAUGUACUGUGUACACUGUACAGUAUUAUGUAUUUUCACAAAGAUCAUGCUGGCAGAAGAAAAAACUUUGUACAUGCUCUCAAUUACAAAUCUAUUAUAUUUUGUUAAAUGUACGUGUAAUCCUGUGUACGUAACGCUAUAGAAAAUAUGUAAAUGAAAGGUACAUACUAUGUACGGAUAGUUAGCUUGUCAGCUAGUUUUUAACUUUUCACUGCCAUCUCACAUUCGAAAUAGAUGUUAUAUAAUCAUAUAAA